CCCUUCCGUCGCGGGCCGUUGUGCGACUCUCCCUGCGCGCGCCGCUGGUUGGCCGGGCCGGCCCCUCCCCCUGCGCGCGCCGCUGUAAGGCUGGGCCGCGGCGCCUCCCCCUUAGUCCGCUCCAAGGGCAGGCGGGUAAUGGCGGCGGCGGUGCGCGGAGGCCUGCGCGCGGCCUUGGUGAUGCAGCAGCGGGGAUGGAGCUCGAGCUCGGGCUCGGGAUCCGACCAGCUGGGCGAGCUGGGGAGCGGGGCUGGGAAGGGCGGCGGCGGCGGCGGCUCGAUCCGUGAGGCCGGAGGGGCCUUUGGGAAGAGGCAGGCGGCCCUCGAGGAGCGAUACUUCAGGGACAAGGAGAGGGAACAGCUGGCCUCUUUGAGGGAACAUCAUGAAGAAGAAAUCGAUCAUCACAAGAAAGAAAUACAGCGGCUGCAGAAAGAAAUCGAACGCCAUAAGAACAAGAUCAAGAAACUUAAAGAUGAUGAUGAUUAAGCUGCUGUUGGUUGGUUUUUUUCAUGUACAGUCUGAGUCUCAUUGUAAUCAUUGCAUUGAAGACUGUAUGCUUUAGCCAACAUAAUCUAAAUUUUCUCUGUUAGAGGACAUACUACAAAAGUCAAAUAAAAAUCAGUCUCCUGUUC